UUUGUCUGUUUUAUUGCAUUUUCACGAUGUCGCGUGGCGACCGGACACGAGGGUCACAGUGGCGGUCGCCCCUAUUUGAUGAACCGCUUCCACUUUCGGCGCAGUAUUCGCUAUGGCGCUCUCCACCAUGAAACUUGUCUUCGCCGCAGUAGUAGCCACAUUGCUGUUGGUGCAGCAGGGCGCGGCACGUGCAAAUGCGCCUCUCGACACAAAGUUGAAGACCUGUGUGGGGCUCGCAAAGCAGCCGGGGGUGAGCGACACGCAUCCGCUCACGGCCUGCAUCAGCCUGUCUGUGGUCGACUUCCGCUAUCUCGGACGGGACUGGCACCAAUUCUUUGUAACAUGCGUCACCAAUAAAGGCACGGACGAGCCCUCCAUCUACGAAAAUUGGGCUAGCAAGGCUGCCGACUGCGUCGACCAAUGGGCCAACCUGUAGUAAAUGUAUCAGCCGUUCAGUUGUAAAAUAAAUUAGCCGAGUCUAUUUA